AUGGUGUCUGGAUCGGGGAUCUGCGCGAAGAGGGUCGUGGUGGACGCCAGACACCACAUGCUCGGCCGGCUGGCUUCGAUCGUGGCGAAGGAGCUUCUCAACGGUCAGAAAGUGGUGGUAGUCAGGUGCGAGGAGAUAUCCAUGUCCGGAGGACUUGUGCGCCAGAAAAUGAAGUACAUGAGGUUCCUGCGCAAGCGCAUGAACACCAAGCCUUCACAUGGUCCCAUCCACUUCCGCGCUCCUUCUAAGAUCUUCUGGCGAACUGUCCGCGGAAUGAUUCCUCACAAGACAAAGCGUGGAGAAGCUGCGCUUGCAAGGCUGAAGGCUUAUGAGGGCGUUCCACCUCCAUAUGACAAGAUCAAGAGGAUGGUUGUCCCUGAUGCUCUCAAGGUGUUGAGGCUUCAGAGUGGACACAAGUACUGCUUGUUGGGCCAGCUGUCAUCACAAGUUGGAUGGAACCAUUAUGACACCAUCAGGGAGCUCGAGGAGAAGAGAAAGGAGAAGGCCAAGUUGAUGUAUGAGAGGAAGAAAGGAUUGAACAAACUUAGGGCAAAGGCUGAGAAGGUAGCAGAGGAGAAGCUUGGACCCCAAUUAGAGAUCCUAGCCCCUGUCAUGUACUGA